AUGAAGAGCUCUAUCCUCCUUUCCAUUGCGGCCAUCGCCGCCCAGGUCAUCGCCCUCCCUACCCAGGAGGACCGAUCCGUGGCUCUGCCCGUCCGAGACCUGAACUUCCCGGCUCAGGUUGAUGUUAGGCCUGUUCUGCGCCGCGCCAAGGGCGAGCAAGCCGGUGACAACGCCGACGUCCAGCAGGAGGGCGAGAACGCAGGCGAGAACGGAGUCGCCACUAAGAAGGCCGCCAAGGACGCCGCUGCAGCCGGAGGAGCCGGUGCCGCUGCCGGUGGUGCCACGUCCGGAGGAGCCACAGCCGGCGGUGCCGCCAACAACGGAACUGCCAACGCCGGAGGCAAGAAGAAGGGCAAGAAGGGCAAGAAGAACGCACAGGCCAAGGCUGCGGGCAAGAAGAACAACGCUGCCGCCGGUGCUGCCGGAGCCAAGAAGAACAAGGCCAAGAAGAACAACGGUGGCGCUGCCAACAACGGAACUGCCAACGCCGCCGACGGCGCUGCGGCUGGCGGAAAGAAGGCCAAGGCUGCAAAGGGUAACGCCGCUGCCAAGAAGAACAACGGAGCCGACAACGCAGCUGGCGGCGCGGCUGCUGGUGGUGCCGCCGGUGGUGCCGCUGGAGGUGCUGCGAACAACGGAACCGCGAACGCUGGUGGCAAGAAGAAGAACGGCAAGAACGGCAAGAAGAACAACGCUGCUGGAGGCGCCGCUGCGAAGAACAACCAGGCAGCCGACGGCAACAACAUCCUCUCUUCCAUCCUCGAGAGCAUUGGUGGAGGCGCUGCAGGCGGAAACGCUGCCAACGGUGGUGCCAACAAGGCCCAGGCUGACCCUCUCGCCCUUCUCAGCGGUCUUCUCGGACGUGACGAGGAGUCAGCCGACCUGGAACAGCGCGAAGAGCAUGACCUGGCUGAGCGUGACGACCACGAGCUUGUCCAGCGCGACGAGGAGGAAGCCGAUCUGGAGUAA